AUGAUGCAAACCGGGCCCGGAUGUGCGGAGGCGCUCUGCGACCGGGGCCUCUUCCGGGCCGCCUCUGCACUGCAGAUCCUGGGCGGCCUCGGGGAGGUCUUCGCCGAGGGGCUUACUGGCAUAAUUGGUGCUGCCGAGGCACCGAGUGAGGUUGAUGCCAGUGCAGGCGAUGGCGCCUUUGGCGGCACGGAGUGCGUCAGCCAUGUGGAGGUGUUCAUUAGCCACACCUGGAGCUCCGCACGAUGGCCCAAGUACCUAAGCAUGUGCUACUUUCUCAACGUGACCCUGGCCGUGAAGGCGGCCUGGGGGAGCUACGCGCUGGGCGUCGGCGUCCUUCUCAUCCUUGAGGCGACCGUGUCGCUGUGGGCUCCCUCAGACCAGGCCGAGGCGAACGUGAAAGCGCACCUUUGCGACCGGAAGUACCUCUUUCUUUUCUUCACGGAGCUUCCGGUCCUGGUGUUCUUCGUGUUCUUCUUCUUUGGCCAGCACAUAUCUGCAAGCUGCUGGGCACCAUCCCUCUGGCUUGACAAGCUCUGCGUCCACCAGACGAACCAGAGCCUCAAGGCGCAGCAGGUAGCAGCGCUGCCUGUCUUCGUGGCCCGGUCCGCAAGGAUGCUGGUCUUGUGGGACGACACUUACUUCGAGAGGUUGUGGUGCAACAUGGAGAUGGCCACCUUCGCGAAGUACGCGGCGAGCCCGGAGAAGAUGGAGUUCCUCCCGCUGUGGCUUGCUCCAUGGCUGCUGUCUUCCAUAUUGCUGGAUUUGCUUGGCGUCACCUUCGUUUGCUCCUUUCAGAAGCUGAACACCUUCCAGAACGAAGCACAAGUGCAGGAUCUGGCGCACAUGGGAGCGGCGUUUUUCGGCGGCUCGCCGCACGUCCGCCAGUUCAUCCACAUGUUCUUCGAGGUCUUCCCAAACUUCUUGUGCUACCUCCCAGUGGCUCUACCCACGAUGCUCUCGUUCAAGCGGAAGAUCCAAGGGCACCGGCUGAUGCUGGAGCAGAUGGCCAGCUUUGACUUGAAGAAGGCCAAGUGCUCCGUGGAAGCUGACCGGCCCUUGGUGGAAGAGCAGGUGGCUCUGCACUUCCAAGCAGAGAAGGAUUUCGAAGUCAUCGUCGCAGGGGCGACGGACCCUGCGCCGGAGCGCGUCGAAGCUGUGGACCCGCGUGAGGAGGCGAUCGAAAGGUUCAACAACUACGUCCAGGGCCCGCUGCGGGCGGCAUGCUUGGACAGCAUCGGGGAUGAGCAGAACGUGCCACUGCACCUUUGCUACGUCUGCUUCCUGCCCAUGUCCUUCUACGCUGCAGUCAACGCCACCCCGUAUGCCUACAGGGAAUGCACCUUGACGUUCGACACCAUGGGCUACUCCAGCCCAUAUCACCUGGUGGCCACCUUCUCCCUUUGCUGGCUUUCCACACAGCUGCUCGUCUUCCCCGUGACCUUUCCGGUGCUCCUUCGCAUGCUGCAGCUGGUAGAGUCGCUGACCAGCUCAUGGGUUCUUCAGCUUGUGCUGGGCUUCCUUGGAAGCGCCCUGGCUUACGCCUACACCUUCUUCUGCGCGGGCACCAUUUGGGGCUGCACUGUGGUCAUCAUGCAAAGCUACUCGCCGACCUGGCUCGUGAUCUUCUUCUUUGUGUUCGCUCUGCUGGUGUUGCAAGCCUGGUUCUUCUUCGGGAAGCGGCCGAAGCGAAGCUGUAGCUGCAGGUGCCUCGAGCCCGUCGGCGGAGAUGACACCAAGCCCAUGCUCGGUUUGCGCUGCUAUCCGGAGGGGGACUGA